AUGUCGAUCUAUACAUCAACUGAACCAUCAAUCUCGAGUUUUAACUCACCAAACUAUAAUCCACAAUUGGUCCAAGGUGUCAAUACUGUCCUUGUAAUUGGAUCUGGUGGUCUUUCUAUUGGUCAAGCUGGUGAAUUCGACUAUAGUGGUUCUCAAGCUAUUAAAGCUUUAAGAGAAUCAAAUAUUAAAACAAUUUUAAUUAAUCCAAAUAUUGCAACUAAUCAAACUUCUCAUUCUUUAGCUGAUAGAGUUUAUUAUUUACCUGUUACUCCAGAAUAUAUCACUUAUAUUAUUGAACGUGAACACCCUGAUGCCAUUUUAUUAACCUUUGGUGGUCAAACAGGUUUAAAUUGUGGUAUUGCUCUUGAUCAAUCUGGUAUUUUAGCUAAAUAUGGCGUUAAAGUCCUUGGAACACCAAUUUCUACUUUAAUUACAUCUGAAGAUAGAGAUAGAUUCGCUACUGCACUAAAACAAAUUAAUAUUCCAAUUGCUGAAUCUGUUGCUUGUGAAACUGUUGAAACUACUUUAGAUGCUGCCAAAAAAAUUGGUUACCCAGUUAUUGUUAGAUCUGCUUUUGCUUUAGGUGGUCUUGGGUCCGGGUUUGCUAAUAAUGAAGAUGAAUUAAGACAAUUAGCAUCUCAAUCCUUAGCAUUAGCACCUCAAAUCUUAGUUGAAAAAUCUUUAAAAGGUUGGAAAGAAGUUGAAUACGAAGUCGUUAGAGAUAGAGCUAACAAUUGUAUUACUGUUUGUAAUAUGGAAAAUUUUGAUCCAUUAGGUGUUCAUACUGGUGAUUCUAUUGUUUUUGCUCCUUCUCAAACUUUAUCUGAUGAAGAAUUUCAUAUGUUAAGAUCUGCUGCCAUUAAAAUUAUUAGACAUCUUGGUGUUAUUGGUGAAUGUAAUGUCCAAUACGCUUUACAACCAGAUGGAUUAGAUUAUAGAGUCAUCGAAGUUAACGCUCGUUUAUCCCGUUCAUCAGCUUUAGCUUCAAAGGCUACAGGUUAUCCAUUAGCCUAUACUGCAGCUAAGAUUGCUCUUGGUUACACUUUACCAGAAUUACCAAAUCCAAUUACAAAGACUACUGUUGCUAAUUUCGAACCUUCCCUUGAUUAUAUUGUGGCUAAGAUUCCAAAAUGGGAUCUUGCUAAGUUUCAAUAUGUUGAUAGAUCUAUUGGUUCAUCAAUGAAAUCUGUUGGUGAAGUUAUGGCUAUUGGUAGAAACUACGAAGAAGCUUUCCAAAAAGCAUUGAGACAAAUCGAUCCAUCUAUGCUUGGUUUCCAAGGUUCUCCAGAUGAGUUUGCUACAAAAGAAGAAUUAGAUAACGCUUUAGCUAAUCCAACUGAUAGAAGAGUCCUUGCCAUUGGUCAAGCUAUGAUCCAUGAAGGUUACUCUGUUGAUACUAUUCACGAUUUAUCCAAGAUUGACAAAUGGUUCCUUUACAAGUGUGAAAAUAUUGUUGAAGUUUACAAGGCUCUAUUUAAUGUUACAUCUUUGGAUCAAUUAACUAAAGAAUUACUAACUAAGGCUAAGAAAUUAGGUUUCUCAGACAAACAAAUUGUUAAGUCUAUUUCUUCAGAUUUGAAUCAAUCCGAACUUGAUAUUAGAAAAUUAAGAAAAUCUUAUGGUAUUGUACCAUUUGUUAAGAGAAUCGAUACAUUAGCUGCUGAAUUCCCAGCUAUGACCAACUAUCUUUACACCACUUACAAUGCUGUCAAGAGUGACGUUGAAUUUAACGAAAAUGGUAUGUUAGUUCUUGGUUCUGGUGUUUACCGUAUCGGUUCUUCUGUUGAAUUCGAUUGGUGUGCUGUCAACACCGCUAAUACUUUAAGAAAAGAAGGUAAGAAAACUAUCAUGAUAAAUUAUAACCCAGAAACUGUCUCUACAGAUUUUGAUGAAGUUGACAGAUUAUAUUUCGAAGAAUUAUCCUUCGAGAGAGUUAUGGAUAUUUACGAACUUGAACAAUCCGAAGGUUGUAUUAUUUCAGUCGGUGGUCAACAACCACAAAACAUUGCUCUUUCCUUGUUUGAAAAUGGCUGUAAUAUCCUUGGUACUAGUCCAAUGGAUAUCGACAAGGCUGAAAACAGACAUAAAUUCUCUACUAUUUUGGAUUCUAUCAGAGUCGAUCAACCAGAAUGGAGUGAAUUGUCUUCCAUGGAAGAGGCUAACAAAUUUGCUUUGAAGGUCGGCUUCCCAGUCCUAAUUAGACCAUCGUAUGUUCUAUCUGGUGCCGCUAUGAGUGUUGUCAACGACGUAGAUGAAUUAAAGGUUAAACUUUCAUUAGCAUCUGAUAUUUCUCCAGAUCACCCUGUUGUCAUGUCCAAAUUCAUUGAAGGUGCUCAAGAAAUUGAUGUCGAUGCUGUUGCUUACAAGGGUAAAGUCUUGGUCCAUGCUAUUUCUGAACAUAUUGAAAAUGCAGGUAUCCAUUCAGGUGAUGCUUCUUUGAUUCUACCACCACAACACUUAUCUAAUGAUACUAAGCGUGAAUUGAAAGACAUUGCCGAUAAAGUUGCCAUUGCUUGGAAUAUCACUGGUCCAUUUAACAUGCAAAUAAUUAAAGAUGGUAAGAAACCAUUAAAGGUCAUCGAAUGUAACAUUAGAGCUUCCAGAUCCUUCCCAUUCGUUUCUAAGGUUCUAGGUGUCAACUUCAUUGAAGUUGCUGUCAAGGCUUUCCUAGGUGGUGACAAGGUUCCAGAACCUGUUGACUUAAUGAUGGACAGACAGUACAACUAUGUUGCUACAAAGGUUCCACAAUUUUCCUUCACAAGAUUAGCUGGUGCUGAUCCAUUCCUAGGUGUUGAAAUGGCUUCAACUGGUGAAGUUGCUUCAUUUGGUAAAGAUUACCUAGAAAGUUACUGGACUGCCAUUCAAAGUACAAUGAACUUUAAGGUUCCUUUGCCUCCAUCCGGUAUCCUAUUUGGUGGUGAUUUGUCAAAGGAUCACCUAGGUAAUGUUGCUCAUGAACUUGAAGGUUUAGGUUUCCACUUCUUUGCACCAAAUGAGAAAACUAAGGAAUACUUGGCUAAAUACAUUAAAAAGGAUAUCACCGUUGAAAUUCUAGAUUUCCCAAAGAAUGACAAUAAGAAGAUUCGUGCUUUGUUCGAGGAUAACGAUAUCAAAUGUGUCUUCAACCUUGCUUCUAAGAGAGCAGAAAACACUGAUGACCAAGACUACCAAAUGAGAAGACAAGCUAUUGAUUUUGCUCUUCCAUUGUUCAACGAACCACAAACUGCUCAAUUGUUUGCUAAGGCUCUUCAUGCCAAGAUUGGUGAGAAGGUCGAACUACUGAAGGCUGACAAUAAAAAAAUCCCAAGUGAAGUCCUUUCAUGGGAAGAGUUCCUAGGUUACAAAGCCAUCUAA